AUGGCAAGCCGGCUCCCAAGCCCGUCAGCCCAGCGCAAGGGCUGCGAGCGGCUCGCCCAAGCGGCGCCCGAGCAGCUUGCGGGAGCAGCGCCCGCGGUGACGGCGGCCAUGGAGGCCCACUGCCAAGAUGCCGGUGUGCAGCAGGCCGGCUGCGACGCGCUGUGCGCCAUCGCAGCCGGAGGAUGGUUGGACAGCCUGCUGGCGGCCGGCUCCGUCGCCGCGAUUCUGGCGGCCAUGGCGGCCCACUGCGACAGCCCGGAAGUGCAGCAGGUGAGCUGCAAAGCAGUACAAGGACUCCUCGUGCACGAGGGGGACCUUCCGGCCCUGAAGACAGCGGCGCAGCAGUUGCAGGAGGGCGGCUUCAUCCAAGAGGUGCUGAGAGCCAUCCAGACUCACGCGGAGGACCAGCGCGUGCUCUGCAGUGGAUCAGGUGCUUUGGCAUAUCUGUCUGACCAUUAUAUCUUGGAAGUGUGGGAGUUGAUGCAUGAGUGCGACGGUGAAGGGGUCAUACCCAUCUUGGUGCGGCAGAUGGCGGCAUUGUCGGAGGAGCUAAAACCUGGAUCGCCGGAGGUGGACAUGGCAUUUAGUUGCCUCGCCCUCUUUGCCAAUGCGUCAGCUGGAAGUGAGGCGGCUCGGAAAGCCUUGGUGCAAGCAGGCGCGGUGCCGGGGGUCCUCCGCGCUCUUCAGUUCGGUAUGCGCGAUGAGGCCAUCUGCAGCGUGGGUGUCAUGCUUGUGUGGAACUUGGCAAUUGGCUCGGCGGACAUUAAGGCGGAGAUUGUAAAGGAGAGAGGCAUGAUGGAAGCACUCGCCGGUGCUGCAAAUGCAACCCGUGGUACUGACAGUCAUCUUCAGUGCCUGGGCUUUGCGUCUCACGCCUUGGCGGCGCUUGUUGAUGUGUCGGCAGAGCACAGGGCCAACCUCCUCAAUUCAGACGCCAUCUUGCUGGUCAGCCAGGUGCUUGUCGAGGACUCGCUGCCGAGAGAAGGCCGGCAGACGGCCGUGUACUUUCUCCGAAAGCUAGCGGAGCUGCCGGAUGCCAGGGAUCUCCUGCGUGGAGCAGGGGCGCCCGCGGCCCUCAUCGAGGCAGGUGCCCGACACGAUGAGCUCUUUGGGGAUUGCAGUGUAGCUUUGAGCUACUUCCCGCGUGCCGACCUGGACGAUCUCUGUUCCCCCUCAGACGAGCAGCGCCAUCUCUUGGCGGCGGCUGCCAGCCGCCGCUUUGGGCUUCUUGGCCUCCUGAAGGAAUGCUUGUCAGAGGGCGCAACAAGGGCCAUCCUAGGACAUGGUGCUGCCCGUGGCAGAUACGAGCCUCGAUCUCCUCAACGCUUUGAGCUUCUGGGAGGCCGGCUCGAUCAUGUGGCUGGCGGCGCUCCUGUGCGGUAUGAGCUUCAACGGCGUGGCCUCGGCUGCCCUGGCGUUGCAGCACGGCCGGCCCAUCCUGGCCUUCUUGAAUUGCGUCACGCUGGGCACCGCCGGGCAGAUCUUUGA